GGAAGAGAAUAACCAUGUGAAUUAACCAAACUUUGUGCUGUUAACCUUAAUCUGACAUACUUUGUAUACAACAUAAAGUACCAAUUUUCUGGCUUUAAAAGCAUUUAACACUGUUUAUGCUUGUGUAUUUACAAUUUAUUUAUCUAUAACUGUGCCCUUAGUUAUGCCUGCCUGUUCAACAAAGUGUGGCAAAAACGCCAUUUUAAAGAGACCUAAAACAGGGGACGCCCUGUGCAAGACCUGUUUCUUUGAGGCCUUUGAAAACGAAAUUCACUUUACCAUUGAAAGGGCCAAACUGUUCCGGCCUGGGUCCACUGUGGCAAUAGGCGCAUCUGGAGGAAAAGACUCUACAGUGCUGGCAUAUGUACUGAAACUGCUCAAUGAAAAAUACAACUACCAACUAAAGCUAGUGUUGCUUUCUAUAGAUGAAGGCAUUACCGGCUAUAGAGAUGAUAGUUUGAAUACGGUAAAGCAAAAUCAGGAAGAUUAUGGCAUGCCGUUGAAAAUUAUGUCCUAUAAAGACCUGUACGGAUGGACUAUGGAUGAAAUUGUGGCUGAAAUCGGUAGAAAAAAUAACUGCACCUUCUGUGGAGUUUUCAGAAGGCAGGCCUUGGACAGGGGGGCUAAUUUGUUGAAAGUGGAUUAUUUAGCCACUGGCCACAAUGCCGAUGACAUAGCUGAGACUGUAUUGAUGAAUAUACUUCGAGGGGACCUGGCAAGGCUGAACAGAUGCACCUCAAUAAUAACAGACUGCGGCGAUGGCAUCCCCAGAGUGAAACCAUUGAAGUACACUUUUGAAAAGGAAAUCGUUAUGUACGCGUACUUUCGAAAGCUGGUCUACUUUUCCACGGAGUGCGUGUUUGCCCCCAAUGCCUACAGGGGUCAUGCAAGGGUGCUGCUAAAGGACUUGGAGAAAAUUGACCCAACAGUUAUAAUGAACAUCAUUCAGUCAGGCGAAACCAUAAAAGUUAAUGAAACCGCGAAGACGCCAUCACUUACCAGAUGUACACAGUGCAACUACGUCUCGUCCCAGGAGGUAUGCAAGGCAUGCAUUCUAUUAGAGGGCCUAAACAAGGGCCUGCCGCGUUUAGGCAUUGGAAAAUCCAGCAAAGUUAAGAGGCUAUUAAAGGAGAACGAAGAAAAAAAUAAGAGCUGCUGCCGAAAUGAUACUCAAGAAUCUGCAUGCAUUUGUAAAGCGAAUCUACCGAGUAUAAAAUAACAUUCUUUUGUAGGAAGUAGUAUAGGACAUUGUGAUUUAAGUUAAGCUUAACUUAAGGAAAAACGACUUGAGGUUUUUUUGGCAAUCAAAAACUUUUAUUGUAGUUUUAAGUUUUCAAAAUAGAAACAAUUUGAACACUACUUAUCGAAACUACAUUGCAUUUUAGUUUUAUACAUUUACAGCAUAUUAUUAAAAGAAUAUUGUUCAA